AUGUUUUUAUUUUAUUAUUAUUAUUAUUCUGAAACCCGCGUCUCCUGCGGUGAAUUGGGAGGAAAUAUGCUGUCCAUGAUCAACGUCUUGGGACUGAUUUUGCUUUUAGUAACGCCCGUGACAGAGGGCCGUACGAUAGGUGUUGCCCCAGACCCUAACACCAUCGUCAUCAUCAGUCGUUCACCUGAGGGUCCUGAGUGCAACGUCUGCAAGGGUGAAGCCUCCACAGGGCCUUGCAACACUGAACUGACCCUCAGAGAGCCUGCAAACACUAACGUCACUUUCACUUGCAGUAAUCCAGAGGAUUAUUACACUGUGGAGGUCAACAGGGAGCUUGAUUGCACUGAGAUAGACUGUGGCAAGCACGACAUACACCCAGAGGCUUCUCUCUAUCCAGAUUUUAAUCGGACGUUCACGUGGGACAUGAAAGUCCAGGGCACUCGGGCGUUCCAAUUGGACUUCCCAGAACCUGGAAUGAGGCAAAUCCCUCCAGAAGAAACCUGUCCGAACAAGCACACCUACACCAUCACAACAUACCAGCGCACCGGUCCGGCAACCAUUGGCACGUUCUGUCGGAACGGCACCAUCAGCACAAUUCAAGUCCAAUACAGAGGACGUGUAUCCCUGGCCCUUCCCCGGAAAAUGGAACUGAAUCCAUCCAAUUUCAGGGUGUCUGUUGGCCCGGAGACAGAUAAACUUUUGGUGGUGAAUGCCAGCCUCCCUUGGGGACAGUCCAACACGGAGUUCUUCACACCAAACUAUCCCAAGGGCAUUCCCACGGAGGACCUAGUGAGAUGGAAUUUUGGCGUGCCAACCAUGCACAAUUUCUCUGUGACCUUUUUGCAGCAAACUGAACCACAGUGUACCUCUGGAACAGUGGGGCUGGAGUACCAGCAGGGAAAUAAGCAGCCAAUCAAGAAGUUAUUGACAGACCCUCAGCCAGCCAAUCAGCAGGGUAACUUCAGCCUGACUCUGUCCAACUGUGUAACAUCGAAGGCAGCAAAUGCUCCUGGUCUAUCCUUAAAGUUCAGCGUCUCUGCCUUCCGGAGUGGCCAUCCACAUGUGUGUGUGGUCGAUCUGCAAAACAAGGAAGGGCUGAGUCUGCAGAUAGAGAAUACGAAUCCUCAGACUUACUGUGAGCUGAGAAUGGACUCUGUGGUCAAAGAGAAGAUCAUUGCUCCUGCAGGCACCAGUGCCACCCUGUCUUUCCUGGACUGCCCCAGUGAAGAGCUCCGUCUGACCGCCACUAAAACUAUUGAGUGCAAGGAUUUGUCAUCGUGUUCCGUGAACUGGAGUUUACUUUCCAUUCCUUCUCUGGACAGCUGCUUACCUGUACCUCUUCAGCAGUUCACCUGGAUGCUGCGUGUGGCUCCACAUGGCACGAUUGACCUGAGCUCCCCAGAAGGGAAUCUCCAUCAUUCCUUACCUGGACAAGAGUGCAAUGGCAGCAUCUCCUUGCUGGUCUCUGAGGCCGGCGGGUCCAACAUCGGUCAGUUUUGUUCCCUGCCCGGCAAAGGCAUCAUCCGCAAAAUUCAGAUACAUUCGGACGUCAACAUCGCAGCCACACCCAAAAGUGGCAAAUACCUGGGUCAGGGGAAAGGGCCCUUCUUCAACAUCUCCUUCAGUCCAGAAAUCUCAGAGAGUAUGAUCUACUCCGUUUCUCUGGGUGAGGCGUCACCGGCUCUCUUGGCAACACCUAACUGGCCGGGCGGCAUGCAAACGUUCUCCACCGUCUCCUGGAUCGUGGAGAUUCCAAAUCAGAAGCUUGCCGAACUGGUCUUUGCCAACAUCAGCCAGCCCAAGUGUGACCAGCGCCACACAGCUGUGAAAGUGCAGAACUUGGGCUCUCCAGAGGAGAUCCUGAGCCGUCGUGAAGACGAGAAAUUCGACGGAAAGGUCAGCAUCUCCAGGAGCUUCUACCUCAACAUGUCCAACUGCCAACCAGAGAGUGGUCACUUUGCAGUGCUCAGUAAGGUCACCCUGUAUCCAAAACGACGUAAAGUCUUAGGCAUCGUCGUGGGAGUAGUGGCGGCUCUUCUGAUAAUCAUGGUCAUUAUCCUCACAGUUGUGUGUCUCGUGACCAGGAAGAAGAAACGACAGUUUAACACCAGGUCCUCCAUUUACAUUCCCAGAGGAGCACCUUUCCUGCCCGGAGAUGCAAGCUUUCCCAAAUCUAGAUCGGAUAAUGAGUCACAUGUCUACGCCUCUAUUGACGACACGAUGGUCUAUGGGCAUCUACUGGGAGAAUCCAACAACUCUGAAUCUGGACCAGAUCAUUUUAAUGGACACCAGGUGGACACUUACCGGACCUUCACUGGACCCAUGGAUGGAAACCCGGUGAUGAAGGAGACUCCAGCAGAUUUGGAGCUGGAAACUCGACAGAGCUCAGAACAUUUCCUGGACCCAUCAGAGUCGUUCAUCCCGUCUCGGCCUCGGACUCCUCUGGGACCUCAGAACAGCCUGAGAUAUGAGGACCGCCGGAUGAUGCACAAUGAGCUAAACACCUUCAAGCAACCUACUGAGCCAUCCACAAUCAUUCUCUCUCCUGUUGAACCAGAACCAGAACCAGAACCAAAUAAUGGAACAGAUUGCGAACUAGAAAAUGUAUACGAUGCGGCCAUGUAG